CUCCAAGCUGUCGUGCAACAAGCGUGCAUCAUCUGUCGGAGCACCGAAAUGAUCGUACGCCUGCGCGCCCACGAACCAGUGAGCAAACUGGCCGAGCGGCUGGGUCAUGCCGGAGGACCUCUGGCAGUCACAGACUUGGACCUCACCAAUUGCGUCGGCGCCGACGUCCGUCAAAUGCUUCCCCUCAUCACCGAAUGCAAGCAACUCCGACGCUUCAUGUGCACCGCUUGCCCAAUUCGGCCGAGUGACCUAUUGACAUUGGUGAGGCAGCUACCCCACCUCGAGGAGAUACAGUUUUCCAUCCCACCUCUCGGAGCCAAAGGGACCAUUGAAAUGAGACGCCUAUCCGCAAUCGUGGGCACUGAAGGCAGCGUACCUCUGAAACUGCAACGCGUGUAUGUUGAAGGUGGCCAAAAGACGAACGAAUUCCGCCUACUGUCUUUCUUACUGCGUUGCUGCCCAAACGCGAAAUACCUGCACGUGCACCUAGUGUGCGGUGAUUUCCACGAAGCCGUAAGAGAGUGCCACAUCCUCCUUGCAGAACACGCGAAACUGGACGCGUUCAGGUUGACCUCUGAACUGCCUUCAUAUAUUGUGCGCGAACCACCAGCUACGUUUGAUAUUGUUUCCUACGCCACUGUUUGCGCAAACUUAACCCACCAGAAGUCGGUGAACUUUCGGAGCUGUGCCCGACUGCGGGACCUCGUGGGGAUCAGCGUCCAACAACAGACUAUGCCGUUCCAGACGACUCUGGUCGCCGUUGACGACAGCCUCACGCCUGAAUGGUUCCGCGAGGCCACCGUUAAACACGACUGGAGCAACGUGCGCCAACUAUGUCUUCUACUCUUACCACCGCGUCCUGGUAAGUUCUAUCCCACCGCAGGGUGCACGUACUCAGAGGGUCUUCGACUAUUGAGCAGGCAGUUUGUGCACCUCGUCGAGCUCAACGUAAACACAUUCCAUUUCGGACCCGGCCUCGAUGUCGCCACGUUCCUUCAAGAUGGCAGUCUGUCGUUCCUGCAGUCGCUCUCAGCGCCUCCUUGCGGUUUUCGCGGCGUGUUGGCUCUAGCACGUCUGGCGGCGUGCUGCCCCGACUUCAAGGAACUGGACGUUCGCUUUGACAGAAGACGCAGCAUUCUCGAGUGCGCUGGAUGUGACAGUGACCCAUUUUUCGCUAACGAGUUUCCCCGCUCCGCCAGUCCCGCCUUUCGGAACGGUCUUGCCAGGUUGACUUUGAGCCAAGUCCACGACGCUGCGUGUCGGUGGUUCAUCGAGUGCUGCAGGCCAGUGUCUACACUGCGGUUGGGCGGCUGCCCUUCGGAGCUGGAUUUCGAGAGUAUUGGUCGUGCACUCACCCACAGCAUGGGUCCGAGCUGCCUGAUCAUAGAGCACGAAUUUUUUGGGUUUGACGACGUGGCUUUGCUGACCCACCCGUUCCACUUCGCCGACCUCCAGUACUUGUACCUCCUGUUCUACAGGUGUGUGCAGCCAAGUGACUUGCCGAACUACGUGGCCCGUGUCCGGCAGAGCCUACCACUACUUAAGUGCCUGCACGUCCACUACAGGCAACCAAUCAAUACCACCUUCGUUACUACGGUCACCUGGUUACGAAGACAAAGCGGCGGAGCUGGUGAAGAUCUCAUUAGAAAUGGUCCCUGCUUUCCUAAGUUGUUCUACAGCUACUUUCAUAGGACUCGCAAAGCCACUGAACCGUGACUUCCAGCCGAUGCUGUAGUUUGUCUAACCUACACUUUUAUGGAUGACAAGCAAUAUUUGCUGUGUAUAUAU